ACCCGGCUCCCCGCCACCCCCCCGCGGCUGCUGCGCCCCAGCGGGACCCCGAGCCGGGCAGAGCCCCGGAGCCCCCCAGCGCGGAGCCAAGCAGGAUUUUCAGGGCUGACGUUCUUUCCCGGUUGGAGUGGGGUGAAGACCCAGGGGUUCUGGAGCUCCGGGCCGCUGACGAAAGGGAGCUGCUGAGAGGUGCUGCACGGAUACUACUGUGAUGGGUGACACAGACAAAGAAAUGUAGCUACAGAGUGGAGAAGUCCAGCUCAAAGAACAGAACGAUUCAGGCUGAAUCCUUCAGGAUUUGUGUUUCUGCUUCUAAAUUUGAGACAGCAAAUCUAAACUGUGCUGCAGUAACACUAGUGCGAGGUGAAAUGGCGGAACCCGAAAAGAAAAAGAUUCGAAAGCUGUGCUCUUUUAAAGACGAGUGGUUGCAACUCCCAGAGUACCAGAAUUGGCUUACAAAGGCAAGCGAAGAGUCGGGAUACUGUUCUAUUUGUCAUGUUCAAUUCAAGGUUCACUUUGAUUCUGUAAAAGCUAUCCAGCAUCAUGCAGAGACAGCGGGUCACAAAAUCAAAGUACGAGGACAAGUCCAGUCCAGUCCAAUCGAUAAAUUCUUCGUAAAGAUUGAUACCUCCGAAGAACAACAGGUGUGCACGGCUGAAUUGCUCUUAACAUACCAUGGAGUUACACACCACCACAGCUACCAUUCUCAAGACUGUGGAAAUAAACUCUACCCCUCCAUUUUCACUGAUUCCAAGUUAGCUUCCAAAAUUCACUGUGGAAGGAGUAAAACGGAGGCUUUGAUUGAGACCGUAUUAGCACCCCAUUCAUUAAAACUGGCCAUGCAAGACAUUGGAUCCUCAUCAUUCUCAAUAGUGACAGAUGCUUCUAAUAAAGGGAACACAAAAUUAUUCCCAGUUGCCCUCCGCUACUUUAAUAAAGAUAAGGGAAGUUGCACAUGUAUCGUAGACUUUUUCGAGGAUGCAGAUGAAACGUCAGAGGCAAUCGCAAACAACUUAAGAAGAUGUCUUCAAAAUGCCGGUCUGAUACAUAAUAAAAUUGUGGCAUACGGCGCAGACAACGCAUCUGUCAAUUUUGGAAAACACAAGUCUGUUUUGGUGCACCUAAAACAAAUGUUGGAUUUACCAAACCUUGUGCCAGGGCAUUGCAGCACUCACAUAGUGCACAAUACAGCAAAACAUGGCUUGAAAAUGCUCUCUUACGAUGUAGAGAAUUUGGUCAUCAAGGUUUUCAGUGAAUUCUCGUCCAGUGCAAAGAAUAUUAGUGAACUUAAAGAGUUCUUUGACUUCCUGGAGACAGAAUAUUCGGAAAUCUUACGCCAUGUACCUACACGUUUUGUGACCCUUUUCACUGCCGUCGACAGGUUACUGAAGCAUUGGCCUGCCCUCAAAUCUUACUUUGUGAACAAAGGAGAGGAAAAAGUGAGCUGUGCAAUAUGGGCCUUUCUUUCCGAGCAAGAGGACGCAGUAUCCGAUGAUGACAUUAUUACGCUUCCCGAGCUGUACAUCUACUUUGUGCACAACAUUCUGAGCCAAUUUAACAACACCAUAAAGGUUCUUGAAAGUGAUUUCAUUCAGGUAACUGAACUGUAUGGCAUAUUCAACAGGCUGAGAAGAGAGAUUCAGAAUCGGCAAGAGCAAGGCUUCUAUGGGUACAAGGUGACACAGUUCUUGAAGAAACUGCCGCCUAAUGAGCAGAGUAAAUUUGUUGGCGAUGCCCAACGGGCUUACACACGCAUGCUGCAGUACCUGGAAAAGUGGUUUGAUUUCAGCGAAAACUCUUUCUAUGUGUUGUGUGCACCACUCAAUCUGGACGGACCUCUUGAGCUAGACAAACUGUGUGCUUUGACUACAAACUGGGACAUUCAAGUAGACGGAGAUGAACUCUUUACAGAAAUGUGCUCAUUGAAUGAUGCGCUACCAACCCUAAAGAGUUUGACAAAUGAUGCUGAAUCGACAUUGUCCCCGCAGCAACAAGAGCGCCACCAUCGAAUCAAUGUCUCUGAGGUAUGGGUAGAAUUCUUUAAGCGCUGGGAGGCCCCGAACUUACUUAAAAUUGUCCAGCAUGUGCUUGCUGUACCACCCACCAACGCAUUUGUGGAACGUAUUUUCAGUGUUAUGAAGAACUUGAGGACUAACGAAAGGAAUCAGCUCCAUGUGGACAUGCUGAAAGCUCAGUUAUUCGUGCACUUCAACUAUAAAAUGACAUGUGCCGAGUUUGCUGGAUUUUUGAAGACAAAAGCAGCGAAGGAGCUUGUGGUGGCAGCAAGAAAAGAACAGAAGUAUAAAUCAGGUGAGGAGAUGAUGAGUGAGAACGUGAAAGAGACUCCUCAGCAGGAAGAUCCCGAGCAAGUUGAAACUCACGGGACUUUAUUGGGUAGAUCUGAAGCGACUGUGUCCUGGAGUCCAGAGCCUGGAAAAGCUGGUGGGUCUCAGCACAGGCCAGAGAGACAGCAGGGAAACCAGGCCGGGAAGAACGCGGGUAAAUCCACUCAAUGUGAAGGUGGUUCGAAGAAUCUUAGCGAAAACAUGAUGCACCAGAGAUCCUCCAAAGGGGAGGGGAAAAACACAUGCACCGAGUGUGGGAAAAGCUUCAGUCGGAGUUUAUACCUUAUCAUACAUCGCAGAACCCACACAGGAGAAAGACCUCAUAAAUGUCUUCAGUGUGGAAAAAACUUUAUUGGCAUCCCAACCCUGAAAAAACAUCAGAAAAUCCACACGAGAGAAAAAUCCUAUAAGUGCCCCGACUGCGGGAAAACCUUUGGUGAGAGAUCACACCUUAUUGGCCACCAGAGAGUCCACAGAGAAGCAAAAACCUUCAUAUGCUCUCAGUGUGGGGAAACCUUCUGUAACUGGUCAUCCUUUCUUAGACAUGAGAGAAUCCACACCGGAGAGAGAGCUAAACCUUAUAGCUGCCCCGAGUGUGGGGAGAACUUCCGUGAUAGGACUGGUCUUGUGAGGCAUCAGACAACUCACACAGGAGAGAAACCCUAUAACUGCCUGAAGUGUGGAGAAAGCUUCAGUCGGCGCUCAAACCUUACCAGGCACCAGAAAGUUCACACUGGGGAGAGACCCUAUAAGUGCCUCAAGUGUGGGAAAAGCUUCAGUCAGAAAUCAACCCGCAGUAGACAUCUGAGAACCCACUGGGGAGAAAGCGAAUAAAUGCCCCGACUAGGACAGGCUGAAGUGAGUUAGACUGGAGCAGUUGAGACUAGCUUCCUUUUGAACUGCCAGCUUUCUGUGUGCUCUAAAAUCCACACGUGGACCUGGAUUGUCUUGAAAAUUGCUGUGCUUCAUCUGGGCUGGAGGCAGAGCUAGUGGUGGGAGGUUGUGGCCGUUUGGUCUAGGGGUUCCGCAGAUACAGCCCCCCAAUAAGAAGCUGCUUUUACCAGUCAGAUUGCUCUGAAACCCUGUGCAAACUUAACUCCCAUGAAAAGCAGGAAAUAGAACAUUAGAGUACAUGCUACCCCCACAACAUAACCUUAACUCUGCCGUCUUUGAGUGAAGUCCCAACGUACCUGUACCACACAUUUUCUCUCUACCUUUGCAGAUGCUGCAGAACACUUCAGGAAUAGAGCACUGGUGAGCAGUGUAGGACAAAUUCGAACACCUUCUGUUGCUAAGGGAAGACUCUGGGGUAGGUCAGGCAUAGUGAGCCGCUCUCACUUACAUUCAAAAACCGAGCCUGCCCCACACAGCCCACCCCAGAAUGGCAAAAUGUUCCCAUGGCUUCGCCCUUGCCCUGAGGAUUCCUUGGGAGACGUGGCUUUCACUGACCCCGCAGUGAGCCCCGGAGUCAGAUGGCUGACAGACUCCAUGGCUACAGUCCCUUGUGCAUUUCUACUGGCAGAGCCUGCAGAACUCAGCACUGCAAUGAAGCAUUACUGACCCUUUUAAAGUACACCUGCACCUCUCCUGCUAUCACAGGGACAGCUCUGCCAGCCCGCUCCGGCGAAUCUCGUCCCCAUUCAGUACAGCUACGCCUCACACGGCCAAGGUAGUCAGGUGCAUUCAGAUGAAUUCUAGGAUUCAAAUCUGCGGAAUACAGCACAAGCAAUGGUCCAUCUUCUUAGUCCUUUGUGUCUGCUUAUUAUAUCAACACCUUUACUGAACCGUUCUCAGUGGCUGUUGCCAGCUCCAAGAGGGCAGAGUUAAGGUUGUGCGGUGGGAAUGACAUUUACCUUCAUUUCUUGGGUUUUAGAGGUGUAGGUUUAGCCACUCUCCGCACUGGGGAAGGGCACAAGGUCGUGCUGGGCAGUCUUAGCUCUGCAUUAACUAAGGUUUGGGACAGUUAAUAUAUUUGCUGAUUCCACAAAUGUCGUCAUCAUUUGACUUUUCAGAGUCUGGUUUCCCAUCUCUGGAGUUAGGAGACAGCAGCCAGCUCCAGUCUUCUCCGCCCUCCUCUGGCUCUGCCUAGCUUAGCAAAGGAAAAGCCCCAAUCAGCCCAUCCACCCUCCCGGCUGCUGGGAUUCCCUGUCCCAGCUGGAAUCUUCUCCCUUAUCUUACCUGGUCCCCCAGCCAGUGUCCUAUGGACUGGGUAUCCGAGGAACCUUUUGUACCCUUUAUUCACACAGAUCCCCAGGGACCUGGGGCGAUCCAGUGUUUAGGGACUGGGAGAGACGGGUGAUGGGCAGGGAAGAGCCUGUGUUUGAGCACAGGGGGAUGGGAACCCCGGGACUGAGUGUGUGAAUCAGUGAGCGAUGGUGAGAGCGCUGAGACUGGAGAACUUGUUGCACUAGCAGAGCACAGCUCGUCCUUACAAGGAGGAGCAGCAGCCGCAGCCAGCGCCCAGAGAAGCUAAGACAGCAUUUGCCCAGCUGCAGCUGGCUCACCGUCACAGUCCAAAGGGAUCUGGCAGCCCCUGGAGCUGCCAGCGGCUUGGAGAGAGACGGGCGUUCAGCUCAGGGAGCUCUGCCAGACCCUAGCGCGCUCUCUCGUAGUUGUAACAUUUGGUUAAGACUCCAACAGAGUGCAGUGAACUCAAAGGGAAAUUAACGAAUGGCCGGGUUCUGCCUCGCGAAGAAAUGUCAAGAGCAGCGAGGGCGCCGUUCUAAAGUAAUUCUCUGCAGUUGGGGCUGGCAACAGGGUGUCCUCUGUGUCUGUGUGUGUCUCUGUGUGUGUGUGAAGGAUCUGGAUUAUAUAAAUGGAUGAGGAGGUAAUUUGGACAUUUAAAUAAAACACUGAUUCUUGCCUGCAUAUUUA